AUGAGUAAAAACAUCGUCGUAUUGUGUGAUGGUACUUGGAAUAAUCCAAAAUCCAGAACUAACAUUUUUGUAUUAUAUAAAGAAUUACUUGAAAGAGAUUACCAACAACACGUUGUGUAUAUUGACGGCAUCGGAAUUGGAGAAUCUCCCUUGAAUUUUAUCAUAGAUGGAGCUAUAGCUCGAAAUCUUGAUAUUAAAAUCAAAGAAGGUUACAAGUAUAUAGUUAAUCAUUAUAAUCCUGGUGAUGAUAUAUGGCUUUUUGGCUUUAGUCGUGGCGCUUACACUGCAAGAUGUAUUGUCGGAAUGAUACGAAAUUGUGGAAUAUUGAAACUUGAUCGAAAUACUACACCUGAUCAAAUUGACAAACGUAUUGAUCUUGCUUAUGAGAUUUAUCGUAAUAGAGAUAUGAUUUAUCAUCCGGAAGGAAAUGGAUCGGAUGAUUUUAAAAAGUCAUUCAGUUAUCCCGAUUCUGAAAAACCAAUUAUAAAAUUUCUCGGACUUUGGGACACUGUUGGUGCUCAUGGUAUACCUGCUUAUGUAAUUGGAGAAGGUUUUGAAUAUUUGGAAUUUUAUGAUCAAGUUGUACCUAGUAUAGUUGAUGUAGCAUGUCAAGCUUUAGCCGUCCAUGAAAGAACCUCUUUCUUUGAACCUUGUCGUAUACUUUCAAAUAGUUCUGGUACGGUCACCGUCAAAGAGACUUGGUUUCCGGGUGUACAUAAUGAAAUAGGGGGAGGGACAUUUUUAACCUUUAAAGGCAAUGAAAGAAUAUCUAAAGCUACUACUUUGUGGAUGAUAGAAAAUAUCGUACAAGUUGGAGGUUUAUUAAUGCGUGAUGAUAUUGAGACUUAUCGUACUCGCUUAUCUCCAGAUUUUGGGCCUUCUUGGCACCUUAAAAAUUUAAUGUUUGAUCGGAGCAAUACCCUUCUCCCAACUCUCAUGCUUAGAGAUAGAGUUAUUCCAUUAGAAUCUGAUCCUGAUCAAAAAUUUUUAAGAAAAGAUCUACUUUAUAGAGAUGGUGAUUGGUUACUCCCAUUUGGUACUAGAUCUCAUCUAAGUAUUCAAUACGCUUCGGAUACAUAUGAAAAAUUACGUGAAGAUAUGGAAACGAAGGGAAUUAAAUUAUAUAGCAAUAUAAGAUACGAUAAGGGUAGAAACGAAAGAGAACUUGUGAGGGCUCAUUUAUAAUAUAGAAUAAUCACAGGGAUAUGAGAAACAUUCCAUCAUUCAUUUCAUUCAUUUUAGAUAUUUCAUAUUUUAGUUAUUGUGUUAUCAAAUAGUGUAAAUUAUCUUUGUAAUAGAGCAUUCAAUUAGUAAAUAAUAAAUUUUUCAUUUAAUUCAUUAAAA